UGAAUCCAAUCGAUCGUCGUAGCAGAAUAUGCUGUCCGUACUCAGUCGCAUGCCGCAUGGGUUGUAGUUAUUCCUGCGCUACUCUCCCUAUCUCUCUGUCGCCCUACCGGCGGUCAGAAUGCUAGUGUCGCGAGCCAGAACUCGCCUGCUCGUCUCCUUCGCUUCUCGUCACCUUUUAUCAUCCCAACCUGAUCCCCAUCCCUCUCCCACCUCCCCCUCUUCCUUCUCUGCCGCCGUCUCCGCCUCGGACGUCGUCAACGAUCUCUGCCGCGUCCUCAGCGACUUCCGCGCCCCCCACCACGACCUCGAUGCUGCCCUCCGCCCCUUCGCGCCCCUCCUCACCCCUGCCCUCGCCGAGCACGUCCUCAAGCGCUGCAGCCGCCUCCCAGGCGCCGCCCAUCGCUUCUUCCUCUGGUCCGACGCCCUCCCGGGCUUUCGCCAUACCCCCGCCAGCUGCCUCGUCGUCAUCGAGUCCCUCGCCGCAUCCCGCCACUUCCCCCUCCUCUGGUCCUUCCUCUCCGAGCUUCGCGACUCCGGCCUUAGCCGCGGCGAUGCCGACGAGAUCCGGCCCGAGGCCUUCUGGCUCCUCUUCCGCUCCUACUCCCGCGCCCGCCUCCCCGCCGAUGCUGUCCGGAGCUUCAAACGGAUGCCGGACUUCGGCCUCCAGCCGGUCCUCGAAGACCUCCACCAGCUUCUCUUUUCCCUCUGCCGCAACGGCCUCGUGGAACAAGCUCAUUCCUUCUUCGACCAAUCCAAGCUCCGGUUUCCAGUCAAUCAGAAAACCUACAGCAUGGUGAUGGGAGGCUGGGCGGCAGCCGGGAAUUCGAAGAAAGCUCUCGAGCUGUUCGACGAAAUGCUUCAAAGAGGAUGCUUGGCAGAUGCGGUCGCCUACAACACCUUGAUUAUGGCCCUCUGUCGAGGAGGGGAGAUCGACGAGGCCCACCGGCGGCUACAGGAAAUGCAGAGAGAUCGUGGGCUCAAACCUGAUGCCGGCACAUACUCUGCUUUCAUUCGUGCCUCCUGUGAGGCAAAGGAUGUGCAUUCUGCCAUGAGAGUGCUUGAUACGAUGAAAAGGCACGACCUUUCACCGAAUGUGUUCACCUAUAAUGCCAUCAUCAAGUUGCUAUGUGAGAAGGAGAACGUCGUGGAAGCUUACGAGUUGCUCGAUGAGAUGCUCCAUAGAGGGGCGAAGCCCGAUGCUUGGAGCUAUAAUGCUAUAUUAGCAGUUCACUGUAAGCUUCAUGAGGUUAACAAGGCCUUGAGGCUGCUAGCCAGGAUGGUCAGAGACUCUUGCUUGCCAGAUCGGCAUACAUAUAAUAUGUUGCUGAAGAUGCUUAUAGGGGUCGGGAGGAUCGAUAGGGCAAUGGAAGUUUGGGAUGGAAUGGAGAAAAGGGGAUUUUAUCCGUCAGCUUCAACAUUUGCAGUGAUGAUCCACGGGCUCUGCAGGAAGAAAGGAAGGAUUGAAGAGGCUUGUCAAUACUUCGAGGUGAUGGUGGAUGAGGGGAUUCCACCUUAUCUUAGUACUUGUGAGUUGCUAAGGGACAAGCUGUUGCAGCUUGGGUUGAGAGAGAGGGUUGGUGUGCUUGUGGAGAAGAUGAAGAUGAGCACUUCGUGCACAAUACAAGAGUUAUCAAGCGCCAUGGGAAAAGAAAAAGGAUAGAGUUUGAUGUAAAAUGAGUGAACCGUUUUCUCAUUCCAUGAAGCUUUGGAAGUUUAUUGCUAGCUCAACUAUUGAUUUUAGAGUGGUUGCAUCCCGAAGUGUUGGCUCAAACUAGACUUUGAUGGAUGGUUGCAAAUUCUAGAUGCCCAUGGAUUGAUGAGUUGGCUAAUAAUCCAAGAAGUACUCUUGGUGGGGAAGAAAAGAAUUCCAAUGAAGCACAGGUGCUGAAAGAACUGCUGAGGAUGGUGUGGUGGAAUAUGACUAUGGGAUUAAACAUUAUUGAUUAGACCAUGAGAAGCAAGAUAGCUUAGAAGCAAAAUAACUUGGAACAACAUUCAAAUACUUAACAUCUUCUCGUAACAGGGAUGGCUAUGUGCAACCAUGUUUCUCAUAAUGCUAUGAGAUGAUACGACCCUUAAUUAAAAGAUGGAGAAGAGGACUAGUGGGGGAUAUUUUAUCGUUACUGUUAUUGUUAUUGUUGUUAUUGUUAUUCUAAUUGUUAUCAUUAUUCUUAUUCUUUUUGUUA